AUGUUACACGAAAGUCGUGGACAUAAAGAAGUCCGAGACAAUGCAUCCAAUGUUAUUGAUUCUGCGCAAGAUAAACCUGAAAUGAAAUGUUUGGAUCGUGAACUCAGAAAAUCUUUGGUCGACAGUAGAUUCUACUUUCUCUUUGAAAAAAUUUCUCUGCACUUUAAGAUUGAUAAGAGCUAUGUUUUGGAAUGUAUACUGGAUGGUGAACAAGUAACUUCAUUGGUGUUCUUACAAUUAGGUAUAUUUAAUAAAAUCUUUCUUCAAUCCCGAAGGAAAUCAAACACUGAGAACGAAGUACAACCAGGCAGCAAACGUUAG